UGAUUUUUCAAAUUUUUCUCUUCCUGGCUCAGAAAUAUUUAAAAAUAGGUACUAAUAUUUUUGUAUUUGCAAGGCCUUUAGUUUAAAAAACGCUGGCAUCAACAGAAUUGCUUUUGACCUACAGCCUUUUUCUAUGUAACAAAAAACAUUCAACAUGCCUGAAAUCGACAUCAGUGGUGUGCCGGUGGAAUUUCCAUUCACCCCUUACGAAGUGCAGAGGGUUUAUAUGGAAAAAGUUAUAGAGUGCCUGCAGAAGGGCAUCAAUGGUGUUCUUGAGUCGCCGACAGGCACUGGAAAAACCUUGAGUCUCCUCUGCGCCUCCUUAGGAUGGCUUCGAGUGAAGAAGGCUCAGAUGCAGGCCAAUUCUGCUCAGAGAUCAGCAGCUGCUGGAAAUCAAAAUUCCAUGAGUAGCGUCAUGCAGAGUCUGGGGCUUGCAGCUGGUUCUGUUGUUCCUCAAGAGCUGAUGGGAAUAAACUACCCAAAAAUCAUCUACGCCUCUCGAACGCACACCCAGCUAUCGCAGGCAUUAAAUGAGCUUCGAAGGACAAAAUAUGUGGAUGGAUUCAAAAGCACUGUGAUCGGCUCUCGAGACCAACUUUGCAUUCACUCGGAAGUCCUCAAGGAGACGAACAACAUGAACAAAAUUCACAUGUGUCAAAAAUUUGUGGCAGCCAGAUCUUGCAUUUUCUACAACAGAGUUGAGGAGAUGAAGAAUAGUCCCUCUUUCACGGAGACGUCAGGCAUAACUGACAUCGAAGACCUCGUCAAGAAGGGCACCACUCACAAGUGCUGUCCUUACUACAUGGCAAAAGAGUUGAAAAACAACGCUGACAUUGUGUUUAUGCCUUACAACUACUUGCUAGAUCCCUUGGCCCGAAAAGCAAACAACAUCGAGUUGGAUAAUUCUGUUAUUAUUCUGGACGAAGCUCAUAACGUGGAGAAAAUUUGUGAGGAAGCAGGGUCGUUGCAGUUUAGGAGCACUGACGUUGCACUUUGUAUAACAGAGAUAACAAAAGUGAUGAAAGACUUGAUGAGCCACAUGGAGUCAAAUGGUUUUGGAGUUGAAACAUCUGCAGCCGUCAGAGACUUUAACCAAGACGACUUGAUGCUUUUGAAGACAAUGUUCCUCGAGCUGGAAGCUGCAAUCGAUGCGAUUGAAGUGUCUGGAGAAGGGACAACUUAUCCAGGACAGCAGAUCUUUGCUAUCUUGGGCAAAGCUGACAUUUCAGGGAGCAAGGUUCCCAUGCUGCAGUCUGUCAUUGACAAGCUUGUCCAGUAUCUGGCCACAAGUGCAAAUUCUCCGGUCCAGAGAAUGGGCGUUGGACUUCAAAAGUUUUCCGAGCUUUUGACAGUUGUUUUCACAAACAGAGGAGACAAAGACGACCCUAAUCAGUCCUACUACAAGCUCCAUGUGACGUUUGAGGAAGCAAAAAACACUAAGAAAACAUGGCUGGAUGUCAAAAGCGACAAGUUUAAGAAAGGCAGGAUAUUGAAUUACUGGUGCUUCAGUCCUUCAUUUGGCAUGAAAAUGUUGUGGCAACAAGGAGUCCGUAGUAUCAUCUUGACUUCCGGAACUCUGAGCCCCAUCCCACCUCUGGUGCAAGAAUUGGGCAUCAGUAUUGGUGUGACACUGGAAAAUGGACACGUCGUAACUGGAGAUCAGGUGUUUGUUGGUGUUGUGUCGUCGGGUCCAGAUGGAACGCAGUUAAAUUCCUCAUUCAAUACUAGGAAUGAUCCAAAAUAUAUUGCUGCUCUUGGAAGGACAAUCCAAAAUUUCAGCCGAGUUGUUCCUGGUGGACUUCUGGUAUUUUUCCCAUCCUAUCCUUUGCUAAAGAAAUGCCAGGAUGAAUGGCAGGGCAUGGGAAUUUGGUCAAAAAUUGUAGAAAAUAAGUCUAUCUUUGUUGAGUCGCAAAUCAGAGAGGCAUUUGCCAGCAACAUGGCUGAAUACUACGACAAAAUUCAUGGGUCUGAUGGCAAAGGUGCCUGUUUCUUAGCAGUGUGCAGAGGAAAGGUUUCUGAAGGUCUCGACUUUUCUGAUAACAACGGUCGAGCUGUGAUCAUCACUGGAUUACCAUAUCCUCCAUUCAAAGACCCCAGAGUCGUGCUGAAGCAGCAGUAUUUGGAUUCAAUCAGAUCUAGAGAUAAAAACGCUAUUUCUGGCCAGAUGUGGUACCAACUUGAGGCUUCGAGAGCAGUGAACCAGGCCAUUGGAAGAGUUAUCAGACACAAAAGUGAUUUCGGCGCCAUUCUCUUGUGUGAUACUCGCUUUGGAAAUACCAAUUUCAAGCAACAACUGUCAGCAUGGCUCCAACCCCACAUCCAAGUUUAUAGUCAGUUCGGAGGUUGCUACAAAUCUGUGAUUGAUUUUUUCAAAAAGACUGUAACUAUGUUUCCAACGACAGAAACAAGAUAUCUGUCUAGGCAGCCAGCUAAUCGAGGUGCUGCAAAAGAAGAUGAGUUAAGGUCGAUGACUGCUGUUGGCUUUGGACAGGCAUCCUCAAGAAAGGUUAGCAAACAGAUCCAGUCGGGACCCGCACCAUCAUCUCUCAGCACAAGCCAAAUAACGCUUGACAUACUCAAUUCAUCAGUGGAGUCCCCCAUUGCUAUUUCACCUCUGGUUACAAAGAAGGACAAGAAAAGUUUGGUCAGCAAAGGCCUCUUCAGUGCCAUUCAGGAGACCAAGUCUGAUGGUGUAAUCAAUUUCAACGAAAACGUGCAGGUUGACUUUUAUCUACCAAAGUUUACAAGGAACGCUUCAAGCUCAAAUUUGGGAGCAUCGAGCUCUCUGAAAAGAAAACUGAUAGACAAUCCAACGGUGCAAAACAAGUCAUGGGUAAAAUCAAAAUCACAAUCUUCCAGUUCAUCUCAGACAAGUAUAGCUGAUAAAAGAGAGGCUUCAAAGGACUAUUUGAUGAAGAUUAAGUAUUCUCUCAGUGCGGACGAAUACAGGAAUUAUAUAAGAAUGGUGAAAAAUUAUAAUUUGGACAGCAACUACUCAGCGCUCAUGGACUCGCUGAAACCCAUUCUACGAGACAAGAAAAUAAAGGUGGAACUUUAUGAAGGUUUUACCCGCUUCAUCAAGGAAGAGCACAGGCCUAAAUACAGGGAAUUUUUAUCAACAUUAAGCUGACAAAAUUUUGUCCACUACACUCAAAUUUGGUACCAUUAAAUUGUUUUAUAACUUUUAUUUUACAGAAAAUUUGCACCAAAGCUUUUCUGUUGGUAUUUGCGGUAUUUGAACCUUUUAGAAAAUGCAUCCUUAAUUCCUAAAAAUGUUUAAAAUGCAGAGAAUGCACAGCAACGGAUAAAUUUUUUUUAUAACCAGCCAAGU